AUGGAUAAGCUAGAAAAAUCAUCUCACAACCUUAUUUUCUAUAUUCAGCAUAAUGUGCCUAUUAUACAGCUUGGAAAAGCGGCAAUUUCACUGUUAGCGAUGUACUAUAUGUCUAAUAAAAUAAAAUGUGCGUUAUUUGACCCUCUUAACAAUAUCCCAGGUCCAUUCUACCGAAGAUUCUUUCCCCACUUUGGGAACAUUGGUCUAAAGUCAGGAGAAAGAUUUAGAUUGACCGAGUAUUAUCACCGCAAAUAUGGCCACGUAGUUCGAGUUGGCCCUGAUGCACUUUCUGUGUCUGACAAAGACAUUAUUAAGCAGAUAUUAGUUAUUGAUGACUUUGAGAAAGGACCGGCUUAUAGUCGACUUCAAAACGGCGGAGAAGCGAGUAUGCUGGACCUAAUAAGCAAAGACCUUCAUAGACGAAGGAGACGUGCUAUUUCGCCUGCAUUUUCGACUAAAUAUAUAAAAUCACUCGAGCCCUUUUUUGCAUCUUCCGUGGAGUCUCUCAUUAAGAAGAUUGAUAGUGAAAUUGAAAAAACCAAAGGGAAUGAAGAAUUUGGUACCAUUGACAUUUGGCAUAUAACAAAAUGUAUGGCGCUUGAUGUUAUUGGCGAGACAGCAUUUGGUGGAACGUUCAAUAUGAUUGAUAACGAUGAUCAUAUUGUACCAUCCACAAUCCUAAAACUCAUGAAAAUAUUAGAGUUUGUCAUUUCUUACCCAUGGGUCACAAAAAUUCCGUUCUUGAAGAGAAAUAAAAGGAUCCCUCAGUUAAGCAAUUUUGUAAAGAAUCUUAUUAAGUCUCGAUUAGAGAGCAAUGUAAAACGAGAUGAUAUCCUUCAGAUUUUGGUUGACACUAUGGAAGCUGAGGACAAAAGGGAUCGUCUAACUGAAUAUGAAAUUAUUACAGAAACAAUUUUGUUUCUUGUUGCCGGGUCAGAGACCACAAGCAAUACUAUUGGAUUUGCCUUAAUUGAGAUGUGCCGUAACCCUGAUUCUUUGGAAAAGCUUUUUAUCGAGAUUGAUGGAGUUGAUUUGGAUGGAGGAAGCAAUGUAUUCAACCAAAACCAGCUCAAGAAUCUUCCUUAUCUCAAUGCCAUAAUAAAAGAGACAAUGAGGCUGAACACCAUGCCAGCCAAUGGUCUUGAGCGAAUGGUUACACGUGAUAUAAUUCUGAAAGGGGAUAUAUUUGUACCAAAGGGAACAAAAGUUAGGUGCAACAUAUCAGUAGCUCAAGUGCACCCAGAAUACUGGUCCAACCCUUCUGCCUUUAAACCGGAACGUUGGCUCGAAGAUUCUAAUGAAAAGGCAAGCCCAAGCGCUUAUUUUCCGUUCAGCGCAGGAUCACGUAACUGUAUUGGAAAAGAUUUUGCUUUGAACGAAAUGCGACUUGUUUUAGCUACUCUUAUAAAGCACUACUAUAUUGAACCAAUACCUGAACAGAUGGUGGCAGCCAUGGAAAAGCGACAUUACUUAACUCUUACCAUUGCAUCUAGUAGCUUUAAAAUUCGUAUGAAGCGUAGAUUCUCUUAA